CGCGGCCAUACAAGUAAUACUAGAGGCCGAGGGCGAGGGGGGCGGCGGCGGCGGCGGCGGCUAGGUUUCCGCGAGCAGGCGCGCCCUCAAGUGCUAGAAGUAAUACUGGUGUGUGAGGGGGAGGGCGAGGCGGCGGGAUUUCCGGGAGCAGGCGCGUCCUCGAGGCUGCAGCACAGUACAACUCGCAAUGGCUGCUCCUGUUCCGGCUCCUCUGCCUACGGUGCCCUUGAUUAACUGGAUGCCGUUGCAUGAGCGUGCCAGGCCGUCUGUCUUCAUUAUUCUGCUGACACCGUAUGAUCAGACGACGACGAGAGAUACCGCUGGCUAUGUGGGAACCAAGGAUCCGGAGGAGCUCAAUGAGAUUUUCAAAGCAGAAUGUCACACAGAAACGGGUAUUGCCGCAAGGAGACGCGGUGACUAUUUGUACAUUGCCACAAGUGCUCACAUUAUUGACUUCCUUUAUCAAGCAAAGACACACCCAAUUACAGUAGAAGAAGUGAACAAGCAUUUUGAAAUUUCAGUAACCUGUUCCCAUGCCGAAAGUCAGUUCAUUGAGCGAGGGUUUGUGGGAGAGCGGACAUACACUCUGGCAGAAGUCUGCGGAAUCAACUGUUCCAUAGACCUGAUGAUGGUACGCGUCGAUCUCAGAGAGCUGGCCGUCAGGACAGUGGGGGAGCGGCGGAGGAUCCCAUGCACAGCGAAUCACCCACCUGUGCAAUUCAGCACCAGCCGCGCCGAGGGUACCCAGUGCAUGAUGUACUCCUGGCCGGCAUUCCGUCCUUUCACUAUGACCACGGGGCUUCAAGGCCCGAACCGAGGACCUGUGGCUUUGAUGAGCAGCAACCCGAUUGGGUACAACUUGGAGCUUAUUGAAGCAUCUGUUGGAAGCGAGGCUGGGUCGUCUGGAGCCCCCCUGUACAAUACCAAUCAACGGGUGAUAGGCAUUUGGCAUGGAGGGUCCAGCGUUCACUCGCAUUUCAUCCCAUCAAAGUACAUUCUGAAUUUCAUCAGGAACAACAAGAACUGCCCCCUUCCGAAGAGUCAGGAUCAGCAGGAUGCCCCUCCUCACAGAGAUGGAGACGACGAGCGUGAUCCAAGUGGCAAGCCAGGCACCUCCAAUGCAUCCUCCAAGCGUGGUCCAAGUGGCAAGCCAGGCACCUCCAAUGCAUCCUCCAAGCGCACCCGUUCUGCUGUCUAGGACAAGACCGUUACUGCUCUAGCCUGUUGACCAAGGGGAUCAUUUGUUGAUUGAUUCCUCCGGUGUUUGUUGCCUGAUACCUCCGACAGAGUACACAUUGAGCUGAGAGGACCCGUUCUCUAUAAAUUUUGGUCACUAUUUAUUAGUAUCCCAGAUGCUAAAACAUACCCAUGGUCCAGUGCAUGCAUCAUAUAUUUUGUCAAAACUGCCGGGUUUAUAAAGUGCUAGGCUGCCUCCUGGUUUAGUUUCCACCAUAUGCAUGCCAUAUUUCAAAGACUUAUCGUUUGGCUUGUCUAAACAUAGAUAGCACUCAUGUGGAUUGUAAUGUUAGGUUAGAAUUAAUCAACAGUGAAGAUUGGAUAACUAAACUUGCUUAUCCCAUAUUCUUUUUUUGUGCGUU